GGCCCUGCUCAGCCCUCUGCGCUGUCGUCCAAGAAUGGCCGCUGCCGCAGCAGGAAUAAACAAGCAGGGCGCUGUGGCGACGAUGGAGACAUGCACCCGACACGGGAGAGCAGCGCAUGGAAGCACCGUCAAGGUGCUGGAGUGUGGCGUGUGUGAGGACGUCUUCUCUCUCCAGGGGGACAAGGUCCCUCGUCUUUUGCUCUGUGGACACACAGUGUGCCACGAUUGUCUCACCCGGCUGCCCCUUCAUGGCAGAGCGGUCCGCUGCCCCUUCGACAGACAGGUCACUGAGCUGGGUGACUCUGGAGUUUGGGGCCUGAAGAAGAACUUUGCUCUGCUCGAACUCUUGGAGCGGCUCCAGAAUGGAGCGUCCAACCAGUCUGGGAUGGCGGAGGAUGUUCUGAAAGGCAUGGGAGAAUGCAUAAUACGGUGUGAUGAGGACGAGAGCCACACAGCCUCGAUGUACUGCACCGUGUGCGCCACCCACCUGUGUGCUGAGUGCUCACAACUCACCCACUCCACUCGCACCCUGGCCAAACACCGCCGGGUGCCGCUGGCGGACAAGCCUCAUGAGAAGACCUUGUGCCCACAGCAUCAGGUCCACGCCAUUGAGUUUGUCUGCCUGGAGGAGCCCUGUCUAACUGGGCCUCUCAUGUGCUGUGUGUGUAAGGAGUACGGCAAGCACCAGGGACAUAAGCAUGCCGUUCUUGAGUCUGAAGCUAAUCAGAUCCGUGCAUCCAUUUUGGACAUGGCCCACUGCAUCCGCACCUUCACAGACGAGGUGUCCGAGUACUCGAGGAAGCUGGUGGGCAUCGUGCAGCUAAUAGAAGGUGGCGAGCAGAUAAUAGAGGACGGAAUUGGCAUGGCACACACUGAACAUGUCCCCGGCACAGCAGAAAGUGCACGCUCCUGCGUGCGAGCUUACUUCGCAGACCUCCACGAGACUCUGUGUCGGCAGGAGGAGAUGGCGCUGAGCGUGGUGGACGCUCACGUCAGGGAGAGGCUGAUCUGGCUGAGGCAGCAGCAGGAGGACAUGACCAUCCUGCUGUCUCAGGUGUCCACCGCCUGCCUUCACUGUGAGAAAACUCUUCAGCAGGACGACUGCAGAGUUGUGCUGGCAAAGCAGGAGAUCAACUGUUUGCUGGAGACACUACAGAAGCAGCAGCACCAGUUCACCGAGCUGGCAGAUCACAUUCAGCUGGAUGCUGGCAUCCCUGUCACCUUCACCAAGGACAACCGGGUCCACAUUGGUCCAAAGAUGGAGAUCCGUGUUGUGACACUGGGGCUCGAUGGAGCGGGGAAAACCACCAUCCUCUUCAAGCUGAAACAAGAUGAGUUCAUGCAACCCAUCCCAACUAUCGGUUUCAAUGUAGAGACAGUUGAAUAUAAGAACUUGAAGUUCACCAUCUGGGAUGUGGGUGGAAAACACAAGCUCAGACCCCUCUGGAAACACUACUAUCUCAACACUCAAGCGGUGGUGUUUGUGAUCGACAGCUGCCACAGAGACAGACUGAUGGAGGCUCACAGCGAGCUGGCCAAACUACUGACAGAGAAGGAGCUGAGGGACGCUUUGUUGCUCAUCUUCGCAAACAAGCAGGAUGUUCCCGGCGCUGUCUCAGUGGAGGAGAUGACGGAGCUGCUGAGCCUACACAAGCUGUGCUGUGGGAGGAGCUGGCACAUCCAGGGCUGCGACGCCCGCAGUGGGAUGGGCCUCCACGAGGGUUUGGACUGGCUCUCCAGGCAGCUGGUUGCUGCUGGUGUCCUGGACGUAGCCUAACUGUCAUUCCCCUGCCUCUCCUUACUGACUCUCCCCUAAACUGCCAAACCCCCGCCCCCGAGCUCUCUCCAUCAGCUGUAUCACAACCUCCGAGCAUUCACUUUUAAGACGACACCAUGGCUUUAAGCCUUCUCUCUUCAUCUUUCCGUCUUUGUUCACCGCCGUGAGCAAAGACAACAAAGAUGUUAAUACUCUCGAGGCUCAUUUAAUGGGAACACUGAAACUAUAACCUAUCUGAAAGCCUGUCCAACCUACAUGCACCAGCCUGAGAAAUAAACCCAAUGGGACAAAAACCUGAGUUAGUACUCCAACCUCUUAUCCUGCUUCAGUUUUAAGGCAGCUUAGGCACACAGUCUAACACAUGAUACUUUAGCUUUUCUUCGUUCUAACCCUUUUAUCGAUAGCUAGUUGACUUAGGUCCAGUCAAAUGUUAGAAAUGCUCCAUAUCCUGACAGAGUGGAAUGUAUCUCUGUUCUCCAUGUCACAUGUUACUUAUCUCGGCCAUCACAGUGCAACAGUAAUCUCAACAAAAUGCAGAGUCGUCCUUAUUAUAGUGACAGUAUUGAUUACUCCUGGGAAAUAACAGCAGCGCCCAUUUUAGUUCAAGGGUAUUUGCAGGUAAGUGAGAUGGGACAGAAACGUUCACUUAAGGUCCUAUUGAGCCCAGCAGCUUCGAACUGACGAUCUAAUGUUUUCCGAUUUUGGCCGAGCGCUCACUUCACCUCGUCAUCUGAUGUAAGCAAUAGCUGUCGAUGUUUCUUGGGUCUUUCAGUUGCGUGCGCAAAUUAAUCUUUUUAAGUGUUUGAACCUAUUUAAAUGCCACAGCUGGUCUUGAAAUGGCGCACCAGUAAGGGUUUUGGUUUGAAUGUAGUGUUUACUGUUACAAGAACAAACUGUUUACUGAACUUAUUUAUGAGCAGGAACAAGGAUGUUGCUAUUGGUGGGUGGGUGGGGGGGGGGGAACCGUGUGAGAAAAUUUGUUUCAAUGCACCGACUCUGCCUGUUUGGUGGAGUGUCUUGCACGCAGGAUUUGACAGAUGCGCUUGUCCGCUGCCUCACUGGUUUUCGGUUGGAAGCAAAUGAAGUCUCUGCUGUUUCUUAGUCGACUCUUGAGUAUUAAACUCACAGCAAACCAACACGUCUUGUGAAAAUAUUCCUAUUUAAACAUCUCACGAGUCCUGAUCGUGUGUCUGGAGUGCUUAACAAGAUGGUACACCUUAUAUCUGCAGCCUUCAGGAAUGUAAUGUGAAACAUCAAAACCUAACACUGACACUUGUCUUAUUAUUGAGGAACCAUCAUUUGAGUUUUUCAUUUAAUCUUUAUUCAUUGCUAUGUAAUGUUUACUACUUGUACCUAUGUAUAAAAAGACAAAUAAAAAAAAAAUGCACGUGUGAAAAGCCUUUCCACAUAGUUUGUGAAAACAUUUACAUUUGAACCGUAGAAGCACAACGCGCAUUUAAACCUUUGUUACCAGUGGACUUAAUGAUGGCUUUUGUAAAUUAUUCAUAAUGUUCUGCUGUAAAAUAAACUACUUAACCUUA